AUGGCAGAACAACAAGAAAAACAGGACCAAGGCGUCGCCGCAGUUUGGAAAGCACGAAAAGAGCGCCGCCAUGAAGACAAGUCACGAAUCGCGCGGCUCGAGCUGAAGCUUCAGGAGAGCGAGUGGAAACGAGAAACACAGCGCCGAGAAAUCGCCCGGUUAAAAGAAAUCAUCAAGGAAUGCGGCGCUUGCAACGAGAAGCACCGCGAGAUCAAAGAGGCUAGCCGGGCUGAGGUCAAGGAGCAAAAAGUUCGGGUCAAAGGCGGUAAAGUCGACAAGAAGGCGAGGCACGAGAGGCGCAAGGUCAAGAAGAUCGCCAAGCUCCUCGACAAGUUCACCUUA